AUGGUACCAAGUCUUGCUUACAUUUUAAUAUGUCCUGCUGUUACUUCCUCCACCAAGGACGAAAUGCUAAUGCCUCCUGAGUCAAUUUCUACAAUUUCCACAUUUCGAACUUCACGAUAUUCCGUUCCAGCAUGUACAACGGUUCCAACAAGAAUUGGCCCUUGGCCAAAUUUUUCGCGCACACAAAGCUUGGAUUUUAGUUGGGUAUGUGACGAUGGUGUCUACAGAGUGUUAGUGGUAUGGCGUGGUUGUCGUUGGAGGAGUGACGAAUUUGGUAUUCAGGCGUCACACGUUCAUACGUCACCUGCCGAGCCAAUGGGCGCAUUAUCUCCAUUACAUACAAGGCGUGGAUCUCUGAAUGAUUUGGUGGCGCCAGCGCCUGAUUUUGCCGAAUUUGAUUAUUUCCACGAAUGUCCCAAACUGCUAGCUGUAACAAGUGAUGAAGACUGCCAGAAUGUUGCUGUUGCCUUCUCUGACUUGGAUAAAUUACAAAUAGAGCUGGAGCAAAUGUUGGUACAUACGACAGAUCAUCAAAAAAAAAUUUACGGAGAGAUUACCUUCCUUACCACUGGCGAUUAUCCUUCCGAUGAUAUCUCUAGCAGGCUGAUGCCUGUAUAUGAGCUCAAAACUUCGGAUCCUCUACCUAGUUGCAGUAAAGAAAUUGAGAGAGAACCAAUAGUGGAAGACCCAUGCACGAAUGGUGAAAUUAAUUGGCUGGAUGAAGGUUUUGAUGUUUGGCCACCAGUCAACUUGUCCCAAAAAUUCUGGAUUUUUACUCGCGAAUAUCUUGACCCUGUAGAUGAAGAAUACUUGCAUCAGUGGUGGUCAAAUAUUGUUCAGCUUUUUAGUAAUGAUGGCAUUUCAAAGUCGCGACCUCAAUUGUGUCCAGUGACAGCGAAGAAAAGUACUCGUUGUGAGACCGUAUUGCAUGAUCAUAAAAUCAGUUCCCUGCCAUCUUUUUCGAAAUGGAGUAUCCCUAUAUCACUUCACCGGAACAAGUCUUUCAUAUCCAGUAGAAAUAUCUCUUCACAUGUCAGGCUGAAGCUGCUUAACAACGAUUCAUUACCACCGCCGAAUAAAAUAGCAAGAUUUGAAAAAAGACCCCCGUCACAGUCGCCAGGAAAAAUUAUAUCGUUGCUUGUUGAUCUAAUUAAUGCAUAUGUCGGUGGAAAAAUUGGUAGCUUAGAUGACCAUUGCAAUGGCAUUCUUCCGAAAUUGGAUAAAAAAACUAGGAAAGAUUCGGUUUCACUGGUUCAGUUUGAGGGCGAUGAUUGGAUAAUAGAAAAUGAAGGGGCUGAAAGGGAAGAUGCAUUUCGAGUCUCUCUUCCAAAUGGUCUAACAUCUGAAGAGAAUGCUACCGCCAGUUGUGGAGAUACAUUGGAAAUGCUAAAUUAUGCUUUAGCUGAUUACCUCAGUAGAUUUGAUAAAGAGUUUGAUGCAAACAAAUGCAACAAAGUAAUCCAAGAAAUUAUCGGACCGGAAGAUAUAGAAGAGUUAGUUAGGAAAUGUGCAUCCGGUGAGAAACAUGACAGUGAGGAUGACGUAUCUGCAGCCUUGAAGAAAUUACAAACGGAGCUUACUGAAAAAGCGAUACCGUGGUAUAGUAUGGUGACAAAAAUUUGGAAUCGCUUGCUUGCGGAGUAUUUGCGAAUGAAGUUAGAGCAGGCACUUGACAAAGCAGAUCAGGAACUGUUCGAAAUAUAUGAUAAAUAUUAUUCGGAAUUUCCAAGACGACAACCAAUGAACGAGCAAGAAAGGGAGGAGUGUCGGCGUGUUUUGCAACGAAGGAAUGAUGUAGCCCGGGCCUACUACGGCAAAAAGUAUGCUGCGUUAAGCAAGUGGAAACGUAAGCGUUAG